UCCAAACCAAUUCAGAAUUACACACUGUAGGACACUUGUCAAUUAGCAAACAGGCUAGUGAUACUGGUGUCUUUAACUAUACCGUUACAGGAAAUUUCUUACCUAGGGAGAGUGAAUCACCUAAGUUUUAUUGCACAUCUCGAAUACUAUCAUGGUUUUUAGAUUCUAAAGGUGUUUGCAUUAAUUGUUGAUUCCGAAAAACUGUAAUUCAUGCGGCAUGCUAAUGAAGAUUUGGAGGUUUUCGAUCGUUAUUCAAGGUAAAUGAAACUAGUUUUGCACCUUUUGAAUACAGUAACGAUAAGUGAAACGCACUAAUGCUGCCAUACCGUCUUGCUGGGUGAAAGGCAGACUCUUUAUUACGUCAUCACUGGUAAUAUGAUGAGUUGAACUAAGACUUUGUUACAUCACUUCGUAACUAUGCCAGCGUUGAAAAUAAACUUAUUAAGCGCGUUUAGUUCAAGCUAACACGCGGUUAGAAGGUCAUCGAAGAUUUAGAAGUUUUAAGAAAACACUUUCUCAGACAGAAAAGCCUCAAAAUAUUGAUUUUAUCUGAAACAUAAAGAUGGAUGCCAAGGAGGGGAACAACCUCCGAGUGAAAGCCGUGGAGUGUAAGCCGAGACAAUCAGAAGAUUGCUUGACAAAGAAAGGAGGAGUCGAAAUGAGACAAAAGCAGACUGCUGACCCCUGCCUGGAUGUCAAAACCUCAACAGCAAUUUCUGAGGGGCCAAAAAGAAAACAGCGGUUUGAGAAGGAUGACGGUGAUCUGUCCAGAGAUGUGGACAGACUCAUUGCUGAAAUAGAGGAGAUGUUCAGCGACUCGUCCAGUCAACCCCAUCCUGGCCGAGACAAACAGGCGGAGCAGACAGAGCCCCUCAUGUCCUGUGAGGACAGUGGCAAGGAGCCCUGGUCUGACGCAGGACCACCGUCUCACGUACGCCUGCCAAGACCAAAGGUGUUAUAUGGCAGGAGGAUGACGAGCGGAGGUACAGAGGUAAAACAAGGAGUCAUACCUUCUGAAAAGGAGACUGUUGAACUCUUCUCUGGGAUCCUGACCCCACAAACAGUUUCUGAGGGGCCAAAAAGAAGAAAACAUUGUGGGAAUGACAAUGUCUCCAGAGAUGUGGACAGACACUUUGCUGAAAUAGAGAUGUUCAGCGACUCCUCCAAUGAAACCCAUCCUGGCCGAGACAAACAGGCGGAGCAGACAGAGCCCCUCAGGUCCUGCGAGGACAGUGGCAAGGAGGCCUGGUCUGACACUGGACCACCGUCUUGUGUACGCCUACCCAGACCAAAGGCGUCAUACGGCAGGAGGAUGAAGAGCAGAGGUACAGAGAUAAAGGAAGGUGGCGUCACUGACCUCUUCCCUGAGAUCCUGACCCAAAGAGCAGUUUCUGAGGGGCCAAAAAGAGGACAACGUAUUAGGAAAGACAGAGAUGGGGACAGAUUUAUGGCCAAAAUAGAUGAGGUGCUUAAGGUAUCCCCCUGUGAAACUCCUCCUGGCCGUGACAUCCUUCCAUUUUUAUCCGAAAGACCACUGUUGGAAGAUCCACAUCAGAUCAGAGUCCGUGGCCUUGCCAAGAAGGCCCAGACUGACCUGUCACUGGUGGAGGAGUUUAAAAUGGUUGCUUUAAGCACAGUAAAGGGAGAACGCCUCAGAAUACCUUUCGACAUCAACAAUUCCCAGACUGCCAAAGAGACCUGCGUUGCUGAGGAGCUUGGCAAGAUAUCAGAACAGCCAGCUCCUCCAGUGCUCUCCUUGACAGAGCCCGUGAAGCCGACAGUGAUGGAGGCUUCAAUGAACAGCUGCCCAGGACACCUGCUGCCUCAUAUACGUCAGCCCAGACCAAAGGCCUCAUAUAGCAGAAGGAUCACGAAUGGGGCCAUAGAGGUGAGGAAGGGUUCGGGAUUCCAGGUCGUCCGUAAGAUCGCUCACGUGAGGCAGGAGCCCUUUACCACCAGCGAAGAAAGUCCCAGCAAGUGCAAUUUUCCACCCCAGAGUGAAGGCUCCUUAAUAAAACCUCAUCAUUCUCAGUGUAUGAAACUGCAAAUGGAGGAGAAGAUCCCGGAAAUGAAGAGCUUCCCUAAGGAGGCUUGGGCAGGAGGAAAUAAAAGAGAGAAAAAGUCAAGAAACCGAAGCCUUGACAUCUCAAGCUUUAAAUCCGAUCUCCCACCAGCUAAUGAAAAGAAUGAAGACAGUGAAAUCAAUGUCUCUCCAAAACCCACAACGAUUAGUACAGAACUGAAGGAUCCUUCAGCAAUUGAAAGCAUCAGUGCCCAACCGGGAAAAAGAGAAGUCAAGGAAGUUGAAAAGGAACAGGAUCGUACUUGCAGGGAGAAGCUGCUUAGGAAAACUUGCUUUAUGAACAUAAAAGGAAGCGAAAAGAAAUUUAAAAGAGACUCAGAGAAUGCCUCUCAAUUGUCAAAUAAAAUACAGCAGAAGAAUAAUGAGGGCUCUGCUCCAGAGAAGCCUUCAUGCAAUCAAGGGAGACUUACUGCAGAGAGAGAAGAGGGAAGCUGUACCUCCUGCUUUGCUUUUUUACAACUUUUUAUGAGGAAGAGAAGGUGAAGGGACUGCAGUGACACUGGCAGCAUCUUCAAUAUUCUUUCAUUUCAAUGUUAACCCAAAGAAAAGGGUUGAAAGUAUAAAAUACAUCUGCCUUACCCCAUUUCUUUUAAUUCACAGAGACUAAAUAAAUCCUUUAACUGUUAACAUAAUGGUGUUUGUGUGCUGCUUAAUAUUUGAUUAGGAAAUACAGUAUUUUGGAGAGUCCUACAGUAUGCCCAUUCACAUCUUAUCAUUUUUAACUCUUGGAUAACAGCAAUGUCACUGUUUAUAACUUUCCUUUAACAAUG